AUGGGAGAGGCAAAAAAUAUUGAAGAGCAGCAUAAGAAGGCUCUUGAAGAAGACCCGUCGGUGUUCGAUUACGAUGGAGUAUAUGAUAAGAUGAAGGAGAAACAAGUUCUUCCUGCACAGCAGGAGCGCGUUGAUAGAAAGCCAAGAUAUAUUCAAACAUUAAUGGACAAGGUCACAAAGAAGACGGACCUAACCGAUUUCUACUUCAACCUGGGCAAGAACGUAGCUUUUGGUGCUAGAGAUGGUGACUCGUCGAAAACCGAAAAGCAGGCUGAGGAGUUCGCGGCUCAGCCGCCACAACAAGUCUCUCCACCACCAACUGUUGCUAGUCCGGAAACAUCUAGAACAGUGAAGUGGGAUCGAGACGAGGUUCCCGAGAAUAUUCCUCCCAAGGAAAAAUCUGACCGUUUGUCUGAAACUUACCCACAAGAUAAGGUCACAAAAGAGGAGCCAUCAGCUAGUAAUCAAGUGACACCUGGCGAUCAGAAAAAGAGCAACGAUGCAGUGGUUGAAGCAAAGGACCAUCAUAAAAGAAGUGAGGAUGCAGUGGCUGCAGCAAAGGAACGAUUUUUGGCACGAAAGAAAUCAAAAGUAUGAACGAGAGGUUCUAGAUAUUAUUUCUUUUACGAAUCAAUGUUGGGGGAGUUUCUACUAGGACAGGUUUUAUUAAGCAAGGCAAAAAGAUGUCUUACAUUAAGAUCAUUGACCCGAAUAUUUUAUUUCUUUCAUUAAAAUACAUAAUUAAAAUUUCAGUU